GCGGUGCAUUGUGGGUGAUUGGCCGGCGGAGCGCAGAGUAUCAGAGCGCUAUCGAGAUGUGAGAGAGACGUGAUGAGAUUAUGAUCACCAGGAGCCUCUUUAUUUCACAUAACAGCCAGCCUCAUAUGUGAGGAAUCUGCAGUGAUGUCCUCCAGUCAGGGCUCAUCUCCGCUGCCUAAGUCCAGCGGAGGAAGAGGCACAAGCGAUGGGCUUUUCCGCAAACCCAGGGACCCCUCCACGGCCUCCAGACACUACCGACCACCACGAUCCCUUCCGGAUGUCUGUCCUAAGGAGCCCACUGGUGACGGACGUGGCCUCUGUGAUGGCCCGUCUGUGGUGGCCGACCAGCAUCGCUGGACUGUGUAUAACUCUAAAGUGAACCUUCCUGCAGCCCUGAACGACCCCAGACUGGCCAAGAGAGAGUCGGACUUCUUCACUAAGACCUGGGGCCUGGACUUCGCAGAGACUGAAGUCAUGCCUUCAUUUUACCUGCCCAACAUCACCCGAGAACACUUCAGCUCCUACCUUCAGGAGACGGCUCAGAGGGAGAAGAUUCACGAGCGCUGUAAGAAUAUUUGCCCGAACAAAGACGAUCUGUCGGUGCCCACCAUCACAAACAAUCACGAUAAAGCCAGAGCUGAACUUGAGCAGGUGCCUAAGAUAUUUAUGAGGCCUGAGUUUGUCCUGAAUGAUCCUGCCACAUUUAAUGCCGUGCUGCCGUGGUCUCACUUCAGCAUCGCCGGAAGCAAGAACAACCGAGAUGUUGCGUCAUCACGGUUACUACAGGAAAAGUUGAGUCACUACCUGGACGUGGUGGAGGUGAGCAUCGCCCGACAGAUCUCUCUUCGCUCCGAAGCAUUUUUUCACGCCAUGUCGUCUCAGCAUGAGCUCCAGGACCGCCUCAGAGAGACGGCCAAUGCGGUCGCAAAGCUACGGGCGCGCACCACCGCAAUCGACCGGGUGAUGUGUCGAGGCCCGUUACGCGUCCUGCGGGACACCCUGACUCGUGACAACUGUAUAAAACUACACAAUAAACUUAAGCUGAUGGCCGCUGUGCACCAGACGCAGCCCACGGUGCAGUUACUCCUCUCCACCUCAGAGUUUGUGGGGGCGCUGGAGCUCAUCGCCACCACCAAAGAAGUACUGCAGCAGGAACUGCAGGGGAUUCACAGCUUCAGACAUUUGGGUUCUCAGCUCUGUGAGAUGGAGCGGUUGAUCGAUAAGAUGAUGGUUGCUGAUUUCUCCACGUAUGCUCAAAGCGAUCUCAACCGACCCUGUGAAGAGGACGUUCAGGUUCUGGAAAAGGUCACAAAGCCAUCUGCAGCGUCAGGAAAGGAUCGUCUACAGUCUCUCGUCUUUGGGUUGCUGAGACAAAGGAAGCUGGAUUUCCUGGACAUUUACAGUGAAGAGAUGAACCAUGCAGCGAAGAAUGUUGUACGGCAGGGUGUUUUGAAGUCUGUGUCCCAGAUCAAUGAGACCGAUGCAAACACAAUCAAGUUGCAUGAGCAGAUGCGUCUGAUGACGUUCCAACGAUGGUUUGAUCUGCUGCUGGAUAUAUUCGAAAAUUUUGUCUUGUUUCUUAAAAGGAUCAAGGUCACGCUCAGCGUUAUCCGAAAUGUCGUGUUGGAAGUUCUCGACAGCAGCCAGAGGAGUCGACUAGCUGAGGCUACCCUGGCGAUAAAUCAUUCUGACAGCAGGGCCAAUGAAGAGGAAGAAGAGGAGGAGGCAGGGAGUGUUCGUUCAGGAGAGGCGGAGCUUGCCUAUCUCACCCACGAGGGGCUUUUCAUAAGCGAUGCACUAAAUGAAGCUGAACAACGGGCCGGCGCAUCCACGCAAACUCAGUCCAGAGCACAGGUGCGCUUAGAGGCCUGUGGGAGCGACUCGGCCUCCGCAACCACCGAAUCUUCCUCCAGCAGGGAACACAACUCCAACACUACCUCCUCCCUGCCCAUAGGGGGCGCCAGUGCAAUUAGCGAGGACGUUAUGCCAUCUGAUCUUGAGUUGGGUCAAGUGGCCAAUAACAUCCAGGAGCUGCUUUACAAGGCAUCAGACGUCAGUCAUGACCGCUGCGCCAAAGUACUCAUGACCCGAGCUAAGGAUGGCUCUCUGGAGCGCUUGAGUUCCUCUGAGUUUGUGUGUUUAAGUCAGGCCGUGGAGUCGUUCGUCAAAGACACAGAGGAGCUGUGCGGUAGACGCAGUGUCAGCCUGAGGGGGGCGCUGCAGAGUCAGGCACACAAAUUUGUACAGCGCUUUCACGAGGAACGCAAGAAUAAACUCAGUCUGCUGCUGGAUAAUGAGAGGUGGAAACAGGCGGAUGUUCCCGCUGAGUUUCAGGAUUUGGUCGACUCUAUUGCCGAUGGACGCAUCAGUCUGCCUGAACGCAAACUCACAGGCUCUGAGGACCGGAAACCCAGUGAGUUUCUGUGUGUUGAUGGGCAGAAAUACGCUGUGGUCGGGACGGUGCUGCUGUUGAUCCGGAUGUUUUUGGAAUACUGUCAAUGUGUAAACGACAUUCCCUCCAUCACUACUGACAUCUUAACACGACUCGCUGACCUGCUUAAGCACUUCAACUCUCGGAGCUGCCAGCUGGUGUUGGGUGCGGGCGCUCUACAGGUUGUGGGGCUAAAAACCAUCACCACCAGAAACCUAGCUUUGGCCUCUCGCUGUUUGCAGCUGGUGGUUUACUACAUCCCUGUGAUCAGAGCACACUUUGAGACCAGACUGCAGCCCAAACAGUACAGCAUACUACGUCACUUUGACCACAUCACUAAGGACUACAAUGAUCACAUCUCAGAGAUCUCUGCUAAACUUGUAGCCAUCAUGGAGAGCAUGUUCGAAAAAGCUCUUUCUAAGUAUGAAGUGAAGGCUCCGAUGCCAUCCACGUGUUUGCGUAAUGUGUGUAAACAGAUUGCAAAAAUGCACGAGGCCAUUUUUGAGCUCUUACCUGAGGAACAGUCACAGAUGUUGUUCCUCAGAAUAAACGCCAGCUUUAAGCUGCAUCUGAAGAGACAGUUAGGUCGUUUGGGGGUCAUAAAUGACGGAGGACCCCAAUACGGGUUGGUCAUGGUAGACGUGGCGUUUUACUCUGAGAACGUGCAAGCUUUGCGCUCCCUGGAACACCUGGACUUAAACAUGCCUGAGAUCUGGGAGCAGAAGAGGUGAUGAUGGAGCGCUUUGCCUAGGCCAGUCGGGCCUCUCUGCCACGUCCACCAUCACAGUGACCUGCUCCGCCCUCGUGUUUGAGCAGGAAGUGGGGUCAGCGGGUUACAGGAAAGAGGAAGUGGUCGGACUCAGGACUCAAAGUCUUGUUGAUUUAUACCUCCGUGACACUGGAGUGGCAUCUCGCACCUCUUUCCACAGUGAGAACGAGCACUUUUUCUGAACCUGGGGGUCACCAAGAUGCCUCUGUUUCUCCUAACAGGACGUGUCCGGGAGGUACAAAAAUUUUAACUGUGGAGACCAAAUCAGGACACGCUUGUGGGGUUGACCAAUCUCGUCGCAGCUGGGAAUUAUGGAAAAUCUGUUUGUUGUUUAUCUUAAAGUGGAGAUGUGUACGCAGUGCCUCUUUAAGUACCAUCACUACAGUGCAACUUUCCAUUCAUGUGCAAUUCUGUCUGUUAUUUAAUCGCUGUCAAAUGAAACACUUAAUUGUUAUUUAUUUAAAUUGGUCGAUUGAUUUGAUUUGGGUUCUUUCCAGGUAAAGCUUUCAGGUGUUCAGCGCCAACUCUAGUACAAAAAGUGGGUUUUAAAAUGUUUUUUGUUUUGCACUAGUGUAAUAAUGAUUUUACUGCCUGCUUUUGGCAUUCAUGUUCAUUGUUUCAUGUUCUCGAAUGCUGAAUUGAUGAAGUAUAAAAUCUCUGGGGGUUAAAGGUCAAGGAUGCUAAUCCAAGGUUUUCGUCUUUAAGUGAAUAUGGAUAUUUAACUAUAUGGACUGCAUAAAUGAAGAUCUUCUGUAAGGCAUCUAAACCUGUAAAUGUGAAGAUUCUCCCAACAAACCCAGUUUAAACCUUCAUAAGCUUUAGGUAAGUAAGGGAAAAAUAUAAUUCAAGAUAAAGGUCUCAAUAGUUAUUGGCUAUGUUUAAAACACAGUAAUUUAUCGUCAAUGUAAAUCGAAUCUGAAUGAUUCUUUAUAACCACUACACCUGCUCUACGAUUCGUUUUUGGACACGUUACCCUGUUUACUCUAGAGUAAGAGAUCUAUUGAGACAUGCAAAGAUGUAGCCAAGUUUUAGAGUUCUCAUUUCUGAUGACUUUCUCAAACCACAGUAUUACCGUAACCCUGUCUCUUCUACAAUGGGAUCCAUUUACUAGGUUGGUUAUUUUAACAAAUCAAGAUUUGUGAUUGGUGUGAAAGGAGACUGUAGGUGUACUGUAUCAAACCCCUUUUUGUUUUGCUGUGAGCUUUGAAUUUCUGUAUCCAUGUAUGUCAAACACUCGUGCUGUCCCGUUGAAAAGUGCCUACCUUUUAUUUGAUAUCAAAGACUACUUCUGAUUUAAAUGGUACAUUUGAUGGCUAGAAUGCCGUGUGUGUGUGCGUAUUUUGGGGGCUCUCGUUAGCCCUCAUCUGAACAAAUUAAGAAGUAAACUGAUGGGAAAUAUUGUGGCAUGCUUGACCCUUUUAAACGGUGGCACUUUUUAAUAUUAAUAAAGCCACAGGAAAAAUAAAUAGUUGUUCAGUUCAU